AUGGAGGUUGGUGUGCUAUUAAAAUCUCAAGAGGAUAGGUUGAAAGCUGCUAUGGAACAGAUAGAAUCGAAUCCUGAAGAGAGUGUGAAGCAUCAUGUUGAGACUUUUCAAAAUGAAUUUAAAGUGCUUCAUGAAGUAGCCAAAGAAAGACAUGUUCUUUUUGUCGAAGAGGUCAAGCAAGUUCAAGAAUAUGUAAAUUUGAAGGUGGAGUCCCUCAAUUCAAAAAUGUCGAAGGAGGUGACUAAGUUUGAAAGAGUCAGUUGUCUCUACAUACAAAACUGGAUAUUGUCUCUGAGGCAAUUCGAAAUCUAG